GGAUGCAAACCUAUUUAUAUUCUCAUCCCCCCUUAUAUUUCUUUUCUGUUCCGCCCCAAUCUCUCUCCUCUCUCUCUCCACAUCUCUCUCUAUAAAUCUCUCCCAGCUUUACACUCCCAAACAAUUCUCAGCACAAUUAACACCACUCUCUCCUCGCCGAGAUCUGUACUGUCUUAAUUUUUCAUCAAUUUCGCGCACAAUUCAACUCCGAUUUAUCGGAUAAAUGGCGAGUUCGACGGCGACGAGCGGCGUUUACAUCCAAGUCAUCGAAGAUGUUAUCAAUAAGAUUCGCGAUGAGUUUGUUUCUAACGGCGGCCCCGGAGACGCCGUUCUUCUCGAGCUUCAAGGACUGUGGGAAGCCAAGAUGAUGCAAGCUGGUUCAAUAUUGGGGCCAAUUGAGAGGUCUGCUGCUCCCAGGUUGGCACCUGGAGGUCCGAUUACUCCAGUUCAUGAUCUUAAUGUUCCUUAUGAAGGGACAGAGGAGUAUGAGACACCUACUGCUGAUAUGCUGUUUCCUCCCACACCAAUGCAGACUCCUAUGCAGACACCAUUACCGGGGUCGGGUCAGACGCCUUUGCCAGGAACAGUUCAGACACCUGGGACAGCUGAGCUUUAUAACAUUCCGACGGGUGGUACUCCUUUUACUCCUGGGGAGUACCCUUCUGAGAAUGCUGGUGGAGUUUCUGAGAUGAAACCUGGACGACCGAGCCAAUUUAUGCAACCACCUGCUCCCUGGUUGAACCAAAGGCCCCCGCUUGAUGUUAAUGUUGCUUACGAUGAAGGGCGUGAAGAGAUUGAGAGAGGAGCUUCUCAUGAGCCAACUACGCAGGAUUUCUUCACAAUGUCUGCUGGAAAGCGAAAGAGGGGUGAUUUCCCUUCACAAUAUAAUAAUGGAUAUAUACCACAACAGGAUGGAGCAGGAGAUGCUUUAUUAGAUGCAUCGAAGGAGGCCACAGCUGCUAAUCUAGAGUUUGGAAGAGGUGUAAGCAUGUCUUCUAGGAUUCCACAAGUGGAUGGACCUACUCCUGAUCCAUAUGAUGAUGCACUCUCGACACCAAAUAUAUUCAAUUAUCAAGGAGUUGUCAACGAAGACUAUAAUAUAGUGAACACUCCAGCUCCAGAGCUACAAGCAGCAACCCCAGCAGCUGUCGCCCAGAAUGACGUUCUAGAUGAGGAGGAUGAUGAUGAACCUUUGAAUGAGAAUGAUGAUGAUGACGAUUUGGAUGAUGUAGAUCAAGGAGAGGACCUAAAUACACAACAUUUGGUUCUUGCUCAGUUUGACAAGGUUACUCGAACCAAGAGCAAGUGGAAGUGCACUUUGAAGGAUGGCAUUAUGCACAUUAACAACAAAGACAUCCUGUUCAAUAAGGCAAAUGGAGAGUUUGAUUUCUAAUUAUUCUGGAAGUGCGUCUAAUGAGAUAGCAGCUGGCCAUUGGAUAGCAAGUCUGGCGGUUUAGAUGGGUGUGUCUCGUAGUUUGUGUUUACUUAUAUUAUUAAGUGAGAACUCUGAGGAACACUUAGCAAAAAGAAAAAGAAAAAAAAAACGAGAACACAGGUGAUCAGAAUGAUGAACUGUUGGUUGGCCAGAUGUACAUAAAUGAUGAGAUUGUUUUUUGGCCGUAGAUGGAUGUUUCAGCGAAUUUCUUGAAGAUUGUUACUUGCUUAUGGGAUAUGUAGUGCAUAUUACAUUCUGGGAUGUUUUUGUUAAUUCAACUUGAACCGUAUCAA